ACAAUUUGUUGCUAGCUUUGAUCAGUGAUUGCUCUGUUCAGGCGGCAACUCGGCUGUAAGUGCUCGGGCAGCGGUGAUUUUCGACUCGCACUUUCUUGUUCUCUGUCCGAUUCCCUUUCCCUAGUCGCGAGAACAUCAGCGUAGCUAUCUUCCACAGAUGUGGGCCGUAGAUUUGCUCGUCCGCAUCACUGUAGCCACAUUCCUCGCAUCUGAACCGUAGACUCGUAGAUUCCUGAUCAUAUUGCCGAAGCGAUGCCGCAUCACGUUCUAAUCAAUGGCGUGUAUGGCUGUUAGAAGCGUGCGAGAAAGCAGCAGAAGAGGAUCGGAGGAAGGUGCACGCCGUGCCUUGUAGCGUAGACGGGAGAAAGCAGGUCGUCCAUGCUUCUUCCUGUCGAGUCUACGCAGGCCCCCGGUCGUCCGGGAUGGACAAUGCCGAACCAACCGCCGCUGGGUUCGCGAAUUGCUUGGAAGAACCUAGAUUUGCAAUGGGUACCGGGAUUGUAUGGAGAAAAGGGCGUACGCCGGAUACACAUCCGCGUGCGCAGGGGAGACAACGCGUUAGGGGGAGACAAUGCACCAGCGGGAGACAGAGCGGGAGACGACCCGUGAGCUGGAGACAACGCGUGAAAGCGAGACAACGCGUGAAAGCGAGACAACAUACAAGGCCAUGGGGACAACUACAAGGUCACAGGGGACCGCUCAUCUGUAGCCUCCUCCUCGCCCUCGCCCUGGCACUCCCUUCGCCUCCCCUCGCAUCCUCCUCCCAUCUCUCCCCUCUAUCCCCCUUCCUCGACGUUUCUUUCUCCGACUCCCUCUGCGGCUCUUGGGCUGUGUCCUACACCGCUCUGCACUCCCGCAUUCGCCAAGCCGCUCGGUCUAACGCCCAGGCGCUCGCGCAAAUGGCUGCUGCCGCGCAUGCUGCAGCUAAUGCUGCCGCUGCGGAGGCAGAAGCAGCAAGGGCAGCAGCAGCAGCAGCAGCAGCAGCAUCUGCUCCUGCACCAGCAGCCACCGUACCAGCAUCAGCACUAGCAGCAGCACCAGCAGCAGCGGAAACAGCACCAACAGCAGUGGCAGCAGCACCAUCCCCAAUUACUCCUUCCCUCUCACCUCCCCGUCCCCCUGCCCCUCCUCCCCCUAUCCCAUACCCCAACCCUCCCCUCGACCCCUCCAUCCGCUUCCUCACCUACGAAUGGCCCGACGAGGCAGGCGGCCUGGGGGACUUCCUCACAGGGCUAGCCACCGCCUUUGCAUGCGCGCUGCUCUCUAGUCGAGCCUUCGUCAUCCAGCACCCGUACCUCCCGCUGGCCUUCGCACCGAACCUAGUCGAUUGGUCGUUCUCCCCGGACGUACCUGUGGAGCCGGCUCGGAAGCUAGCUCUGGAGGAUGGGAAGCUGGGAGGGGGAGGGGGAGGGGGAGGGGGGGUGGGGGAGGAGGGGAGGGGAGGAGGGGAGGUGGAGGUGCGAGAGGGGGAGGUGGUGGCGGUGGAUUUCAGAAACCGGUUUGUGGAGCCGGAGGAGGUGUUUGCGAUCAUGGAUAAGGCCCUCAAUGUGAGGGUGACGUGGAAUAGAGGCCUGCUGACGUAUCUACUCGUGCAGGCAGUGGAGAAGAGGUGGGCCGAUAGGCUGAAGGACAUGGGCAUGCGCCCUCCCUUUGCCUUCGGCUGCAUCCUGCGCUUCCUGCUCAAGCCCCAGCCAGAGGUCAUCGCACGCGUGCAAGCCAUCUACCACCACCUCCUCGCCCCUCCCCCCUCCUCCCCUCCUCCCCCCCACCACUACACUCCCCUCCCCCACCACCCAACCCACCCCCUCUCCUCCUUUGGCCCCCAUAACCGCGGGGUGGUGGUGGUGGGGGUGCACAUACGGGCCGGGGAUAUGAUGGUGUGGGAAGGGGAGUUUGGUUUUGGAGAUCCCAAGGCGCUGAAUGCGAGUCAGAUGGAAGUGCUGCUGACGUGGGCUGAGGAAUACAUAGCGUGUGCUAAGGCAUUGGAGUCGUGGUGGGUGCCCUCCCCGCCCUACGCCGUUCGCUGGCUCAUCGUCACCAACUCUCUGCCGCUCAAGACCGCUCUCUGGCUCAAAUACCCUGACAAGGUUGUGGUGUCAGACAUUGUUCCUCGCCAUGUCAACACGUUAACAUCGCCUCAAGAUGCUUCAUCAUCACCUGAUACCAACCCCGAGUCAUUAUCACCUAACCCUAGUUUCUCACCGUCAUCGGCCUAUCCUGACACCCCAUCAUCCAAUUCGUCACCAAAGCUCACCCCGGAGGAAGGGGCAUCGACGUACAUUGACAUUGUAACAGAAUGGCUCCUCCUAGCAUCGAGUGAUGCGCUUAUUUUGACCAAGUCGGGUUUCUCCCACACUGCAGCGUUCUUCUCUCACCGCCUAGCCGCUGUUUACACUCCGGAAGAGUGUGAUCCAGAGGAGUUUGUACCAACGCGCAGAAUAGGACGAAUAUGGAGUGGGAUAUGAUGUUCUGUAUGACUCUCUAAGUGGUUUCGUUUGGGUUGCGGAGCAACCUACUGCUAUCGUUGUCCUAGCUCGAACCAAACCAUGAUUUCCACUCCACACACCACAUUUGUGUGUGGAUUGCUCAGAUAUGU